CUUGACUGGUGCCCUGCGGCUCUUCUCGCGAGAUCCCACGAGGUUUCCGGUGUUGUGAAUAUCCCUGUAAACAUGGCGGUCAGCAUCCGUGGCCGCCCCAUUAGGCACCUGAGGAUACGAGGUCGGAAUGACAGCGGUGAGGAGAACGUACCCCUUGAUCUGAGCAGAGAUCCUCAUGACAAUUUGAGAGAAAUUCUCCAGAAUGUGGUCAAACAGCAGGGAGUUUCUAAUAUGCGAAAAUUAGGCCAUCUGAACAACUUUAUCAAGCUUCUUUGUAAUGUUGGCCACUGUGAAGAAAAGUUAGUAUUUACGCAUGAAGAAGUAAUAAUAUGUCUAAGAUUAGCAUUGCUAAAUGAAGCUAAAGAAGUACGAGCAGCAGGACUUCGUGCUCUACGAUACCUCAUCCGAGAAACAAGUAUUCUUCAGAAGGUGCUAAAGCUCAAAGUAGAUUAUUUGAUAGCUAGGUGUAUAGAUAUACAACAGAGCAAUGAAGUAGAAAGAACACAAGCACUUCGUUUAGUCAGAAAGAUGGUCUCUGUCAAUGCAUCACUUUUUCCUAUUUCCCUUGUCAACUCAUUAAUAGCUGUAGGAAAUGAUGGCCUUCAGGAGCGAGAUAGAAUGGUCCGAGCCUGUAUUGCUAUUAUCUGUGAACUAGCACUUCAGAAUCCUGAGAUAGUUGCUAUUCGUGGUGGAUUAAGUACAAUUUUGAAAAAUGUUCUUGAUUGUCAGCUGAGUCGAAUAAAUGAAGCUCUAAUAACAACAGUUCUCCACCUUCUCAAUCACCCCAGAACUCGGCAGUAUGUACGUGCUAAUGUGGAACUAGAACAAAUUUUAGCACCAUAUACUGACUUUCACUACAGACACAACCCUGACACUGCAGAAGGGCAGCUCAAGGAGGACAGAGAGGCACGAUUUCUGUCUAGCAAAAUGGCAAUAGUAGCAACAUUCCGAUCAUGGGCAGGUAUUAUCAGUUUAUGCAAGCCAGGGAAUUCUGGAAUCCAGUCUUUAAUAGGUGUCCUGUGUAUACCAAAUAAAGAAAUACGACGAGGUCUUCUCGAAGUCCUGUAUGAUAUAUUCCGCCUUUCAGUUCCCGUUACCACUGAUGACUUUACAGAAGGUCUUCUAAGUGUAGACCCAUGUAGGUUUCAAGAUUCUUGGCGCCUUUCUGAUGGAUUUGUGGCUGCUGAAGCUAAAACUAUUCUUCCACAUCGUGCUAAGUCCAGGCCCGAUAUAAUGGACAACUACUUGGCAAUGGUGCUUUCUGCUUUUAUUGUUAAUGGUCUGCUGGAAGGUUUGGUUGAAGUGAUUACAAGCAGCGAUGAUCACAUUUCUGUUCGAGCAAUAAUUUUGCUGGGAGAGCUCUUACAUAUGGCGAACACAAUUCUUCCCCAUUCACAUAGCCAUCAUUUGCACUGCUUACCAACUCUGAUGAACAUGGCAGCAUCCUUUGACAUUUCUAAAGAAAAGAGACUUCGGGCCAGUGCAGCGGUGAAUUGUUUAAAACGCUUCCAUGAGAUGAAAAAAAGAGGUCCCAAACCCUGUAGUUUGUACUUGAGUCAGAUUAUGCAGAAGGCCAUAACAGCAAACCAAAAACGAGAUCAACAUACUCGGGUACAGAAAGAUAUCUUUGUACUUAAGGAUACAGAGGACGCUGUCAUGUCACAUGUAAGGGAAUGUCAGGUUCUGAAUCACAAAGACAAUUUGGACUGGAAUUGGACUCUUGUUGGGACCAUUCUUAAGUGGCCAAAUGUGAACCUGCGGAAUUACAAGGAUGAGCAGAUGCAAAAAUUUACUCGACGACUGCUGUAUUUCUAUAAACCAAGUAGCAGAUUGUAUUGUGGUGUGGAUCUGGAUCAUCCGAAGGCCAAACUUUUAACAGUGGUGGGCUGCCAGUUUGCUGAGUUUCUCCUUGAAUCAGAAGAGGAAGGGCAGUCAUACCUUGAAGAAUUAGUAAAAGAUAUUGGCCAUUGGAUUACAGCCACCUCUGGGAUGAAAUCAGAGCGCAGCCUCCAGAAUAAUGGACUAAUGAAUACUUGUAGCCAGCAUUAUUUCCUUUUCAUUGGCACACUUUCUAGUCAUCCUCAUGGAGUUAAAAUGCUAGAAAAAUGUAGCAUAUUUCAGUGUCUUUUAAACCUUUGCUGUUUGAAAAAUCAAGACAACUUGCUAAAACUGACUGUUUCCUGUCUGGACUACAGCAGAGAUGGACUUGCCAGGGUGAUCCUUUCCAAGAUGCUAACAGCAGGUGUUGAUAGCUGCAGACUGUAUGCUACCAAGCACUUGCGAGUUUUGCUGCGAGCCAGUGUGGAGUUCUUCAGCAACUGGGGAAUUGAACUUCUUGUGACACAGCUCCACGACAAAAACAAGACAGUCUCAGCUGAAGCACUAGACAUUCUGGAUGAAGCUUGCGAGGAUAAGGCAAACCUUCAUGCUCUCAUCCAAAUGAAACCAGCAUUAUCGCAUCUUGGGGAGAAGGGUCUUUUGCUUCUUCUCAGAUUUCUUUCCAUUCCAAAAGGCUUUUCCUAUCUAAAUGAAAGGGGCUAUGUAGUAAAGCAGCUGGAUAAGUGGCAGAAGGAGUAUAAUCUGAAAUAUGUUGAUCUAAUAGAAGAGCAGCUUAAUGAAGCACUCACCACUUACCGCAAACCAGUUGAUGGGGAUAAUUAUGUUCGUCGAAGCAACCAAAGAUUACAAAGGCCUAAUGUUUACUUGCCAGUACACUUGUAUGGUCAGCUGGUGCACCAGAAAACAGGCUGUCAUUUACUUGAAACACAGAAUGUGGUCCCAGACCUCAGCUAUACUGUCCGAUCCCCCAUUCUGGACAAAUGGGAAGGGAUUAAACAGCUCAAAGCAGCUCUAUGGGCCUUGGGUAAUAUUGGCUCAUCCAAUUGGGGGUUGAAUUUGCUUCAGGAAGAGAAUGUGAUUCCAGAUAUAUUACUGCUUGCACAGAACUGUGAAGUCCUUUCAGUCAGAGGAACUUGCUUGUAUGUACUUGGUCUGCUAGCUAAAACAAAACAAGGAUGUGAUAUCUUGAAGCAGCACAACUGGGAUUCAGUCAGGCAUAGUCGCAGACAACCAUGGCCGGUGGUCCCUGAUGAUGUUGAACACUUAUGUAAUGAACUUUCCUCUGUACCAAGCACACUUAGUCUGAACUCAGAAUCAACAAGUUCAAGGCACAACAGCGAGAGUGAAUCUGUUCCACCAUCAAGUAUGUUUAUCCUGGAGGAUGAUCGGUGUGGUAGCACACCCACUAGCUCAUUCUUUUCAGAACUUGCUGAAAUACAGUCCUAUGAUGGAACUAAAUCUUUAAAAGAAAACCGCAAAAGUUUAGCACUUUUGGGAAGUCGCAUUUUAAGUUCAAUUCCUUUACCCGGUAAAAAAACUCGUAGCAGUAGUGAUCCUAAAGGAGGAAAACUGGAUAGCAGAGCAAGGACUCCUCUGAUCAUUGAUCCUUCAGAAAACACCGACUAUGACUUGCUAACACCUAAUGGAACUAAAUCCUUCAGUAGAAAGCAAUUAUUCGAGACCUCCUUUAUCACCAACAAGCAUAGUGAACACGGAGGUAGCAUACCUAGUAUAUUGGAUGGUGAACUUAAACUGUCAAAAGGCUGGUCCCGGGAAAGCUCAAGCAGAGAAAAACUGAUUGAUGAUAAUUCUAUUAAUCCUCUUGUCAAAAAGAGAAGUCAGAGUUUUAAUACAGAUACUACCACGAGUGGUAUUAGCUCAAUGAGCUCCAGCCCAUCCAGGGAAACAGACACUACAAAUCUUGACACUGACUGUGGGAGCUUAAAUACUGUGGCAAGCACUAAAACUCUUAAAACAAGCCACUCUUUAACUCCACAUUCAAAUCAUCUCCCACUCUCUAAAUCAAACUCUGUGUCUCUGGUACCCCCAGGGUCUUCUCAUACUUUGCCAAGAAGAGCGCAGUCCCUAAAAGCUCCCUCUGUCACUACAAUUAAAAGUUUAGCAGACUAUAAUAUCAGCUACACAAGUCCUCGAGAUGCGUUUGGGUAUGCUACCCUGAAAAGGUUGCAGCAACAGAGGAUGCAUCCUUCCCUUUCCCAUUCCGAGGCGCUAGCAUCCCCUGCAAAAGAUGUGCUGUUUACUGACACAAUUACAAUGAAAACUGGCAGCUUGGAUUCAAGAUUAACACCACGCAGAUUCAUGAAAGCAUUAAGUUUUGCUUCACUGGACAAAGAAGAUUUAUUAAGCCCAAUCAAUCAUAAUACUCUGCAACGUUCUUCUUCUGUUCGAUCAAUGGUGUCCAGUGCUACCUGUGGUAGUUCAGAUGAUUAUAUUGGACUUUGCCUCCCAAUCGAUAUCAGUGAAAUGUUUCAGUUGAAAGAAGUUCCAUACUUCCAAGAAAAGACCAGCCUUCCAGCUGAUGAGUAUGUGUAUAAAACAUUUCCACCAGAAGGAGGAGGUUCUGGUGAUUCUGGCAGAAGGCCAUUCCAGGGGUUUAGACAACAGAUCAGUAUAACAGAACUUUUAGCUUCAAACCGCUCAGAUUCAAAUCAUCUGCUAGAUAGUGAAGAUACAGGUUUACAGGACCAUACUGAUAGCAAUUGCCUUUACUGUGUCUGCAUUCAACCCAGCCUCCCUCUGAUUUCUAAUUGUACCCGCACAGAUUUGUUAGACAUUCCUUAUCAUGAAUGGUAUGUGCAGAACUUCCACAAUCACUUAGAGGUCUCUUCUCAUUCUUCUAAGUUUUCUGGGAUUUCAGGAUGCAGUGAUGCAGUGUCCCAAGGGUCAGCAAGCAGCACCAGAAGCACAGAAUUGGUACUAGGUGGGAAAUCUAUCUCUGAAGAUACUCCUGCUUGUCGUGUCUUGCUUCGGAAGGAAAUUUUGCGUUUAGUUAUUAAUUUAAGUAGCUCAGUUGGAACAAAGGGCAAUGAAACUGGGCUUUUAACAAUUAAAGAGAAAUUUCCCCAUGCAUUUGAAGAUAUUUGCCUCUACUCAGAAGUUUCUUACUUACUUGCACAUUGCACCUUUCGCCUUCCUUCUCGGAGGUUUAUACAAGAGCUGUUUCAGGAUGUCCAGUUUGUACCGCUAUAUGAAGAAGCCGAAGCCAUCUUAUCAAAGCAGGUGACAACAGAAGCCCCAUCAGAAUCCUGACCUUUUCAUGUAGCAGAACAUAUUGCUGAUGACGUGAAAUAUCAGUCAAGUCAUCCCUGAUGACAGGAGCACCUUAUGCCUGUUCGGUCCAGUUGCUGCUGGUACAGAAACAGCGGACUGAAGUAACAUGAUGCAGAACAAACUAGCAAAGUUUUUCUCCUUUGAGCCCUUGAGGGAGUUAAUGGUCACCACGCUGACAUUAAACUUAAUGGGUACUGUAAUGCUGGUGGCCACAAAAGCUAAGCACUGAACACCUUGAACAAGUGUUGUUUUUCAUGAAAUUCACUUGGAAAUAUUUAAACAGUGUAUGACAUUAAAAAGACAAGAUGACAGUUGCAGAGCAAGUCUUGAAACUGUGUCAAGAUGAACUUGACCGAUGCAUUAGUAGCAUUGGAUCCUUCCACUUGUAUAUUUUUUUGUUUGUGCGUUGUCAUUUGUAACACUACUUGGAGUUCACAGCCUCCUUAAAGAAGCCCAAGUCAUCUGGAACUUAACUGAUAAGUAAUGCAAUGUUACUAUUUAUAAAAGGAUUACUGUUGUAGUCAUGUUCUUUGUUUCAUCCUCUCCAAAGCCUCGUAGUAUGUACAUCAAAGAAGUGCAGUAUCAAACCAGUAGAACUGUUUCACUACCAUUUCUUAUGAACUGCUGAGGGUUAGUUGUUGCUCUGUAAUGCAUGUAGCCCGUGUAUGCUCAUUAUUUUUGUUUCUGUGAAGCUAGCUAGCAUUUUUCCUCGAGUAGUAUACCGAGUAAGCAUACUGCACCAGAAUUGCACAGAAUGUGUGACUAAAGCUUUCAGUUCAGCUCAAACUGUAAGUAGUAGUGGCUUUUGUUUUUCACAACAGAAGCCUGCUAUCUGUUAAAUUACUGUAUCAGAUCAGCAGCUGCUUUGCUAGAAACAGUAACGCAAAGUCUUUACUGCCAAGUCUUGCAACAACAGCACAGUAGUGCAAAGCCUUCAGUACCAAGUUCUUCAACAGCACAGUUCUAAAGCAACAUACCUCUGGAAUGGUUUGCCAGAUAACUUUCUACAGCUUAUUAUUUAAUGCAGCGGUGAACUAUGGAACAACACGUCCAAUUUCAAAAGCAUCUUCGUUUAAAAAAAAAAUCAAACUGCAACAUUUUCUAGUUGCUUACAUACUCUUGCCAUUGAUACAUGAAAACGUUUUCUGAGUGUUUCCAGUUCCAAAGAUCCUUUGGCAGGGUUGGCAGCAGUUGAAAGGGAGUGUGCUGUAUUAGGCAAUAAUAUUUUGCAUAGAUUGAAACAGUUUUUAGUGGAUUUUAGCAUUCACAUUGUUUUAGGUUUUCUUUGGCAUUUAGGAACCAAAUUAAUGGUAUGCAUUGCUGUGUAUCUUGAUUCAAGCCAUUCCUUCUUGCAACGUUAAGAAGUAAGAUGUGUGGAAAUGCACAGCUGUUAUGCAUUUCUAGGUCACAGUUUGGUUAUGUUUCCACAAAAUAUAUAUAUUUUUUUUGCCGAGUGUUGAGAUAGUAAAGGAUUGGGUCCCAUAUGCUUGCGUGAAGUCCUGUGUCACAGUGUUGUUGCAUUACAUGAUGCCGUGUUCAUUUAGCUACAGGUCAUAAGUUGAUGCUUCGUUUGUUGAUAAUGCAAGGCACAAGUAUAGCAGUCUUGAAAGUACAACAGUGGUUUGCAAUUACCUUUAUAAUCCAUCAUCUCUUACCUGUUUUGCGUUGUAGCCUUUUUGAUGGGGUUCAGCAUGUUAUCUGAAUGUUGCCUCUUUAUCCACUUGUCAUGUAUGUGCAUGGUAUAUUUAUAUGUAGGUGCAGGCAUGUGUGUGUGUGUGUGUGU